GCCUGUCCGGGUUCUGAAGGCAAGUUCUUCGACCUAACAGUCCUCAAGUUGGAUGGAAAGGAAAGGAAGACUAAAGGCUACCUCGGAACUAACACCGUGUAAAGCCGCUUGGAUAAAGUCAAGUGAAAGUGAAAGAAGUCACUGAGUGCCUGAAGUCUGGAGUGCACGAAGUUGACCAUAUCGUAAUUUUCCUCUCAGAAGGGGCCUCCUCUUUUGUGUUCUGACACAAGCGCAGCCUCAAAGGGGCCAUGUCUGGCGGCAACAGCGCUAACAGCAGCUGGACCAUCGUUAGUCCUGAGGAGACCGUUGCUGAAACUGUGAGGCCACUGGAGGAACAGACGAAGCAUCAUGUACAAGUUUGUGAACCAAGCAACCAGCCACCAGAGGGUGCAGACUGCACGUCGAGUCUCUCGGUGGACAACCACCAGGAUGCAGAAGAGAGAAAAGCAGACCCAAGUGACGACUCCAUCACAGAUCGUCCCCCUUCCUCUGUAAUCGAUGCCCCCGUUCCUGUUGGCGAGGUGCAGUCAGAGGUUGCACCCGACAACCCAAACCAAGACGCCUUCUCCGACUCCCUGAGCCACGUCACCCCGUCCCCUGACGAGCCCUCGGGCUCGCCGAUGAGCGCAGAGACACUGGGAGGUGCGGAGCUGACGCAGCAAGAAGAGAGGCAUGACGGAACGCGGGAGGAAGACCUCAAACAGGAAGGGCUGGAGUCAGACCUUCUUUCUAAACACCCAGACUCCUCGGAGCAACCAGGAUCGGAUGAAGAGCGGGCCAAGGACACCGAGUCCGAGAGGAAGCGCCUACUGGCCUCUCUGGAGCGAAUCGGGAGGAUAGAUGAGGAAGAGGAAGGAGAGGAAGAAGAAUUCCAGCUGCCACGGCAGAGGGAAGAUGACAACAUGUUCUCUCUGAACAGAUGUAUCCUGGGCGCCGUCAUCCUAGUUGCACUCGGUACCAUCUUGUUCUCCGGUGUUUUCAUGGACCUGGAUGAGGAGAGUGUCUACAGUACAAGGGAACUGAGCGAUCCAGAAGAACCAGGAAGACAGGAGUGGCUUCAUCCAGAGGCUCUUCCACCCCCAGCAGAUGCUGAAAACUCUGAACUUCUCACCAAACUAGCCAAAGAAGACCAGCAAAUUUCUAUGUUGCAAGCUCAACUAGAGGCACAGAAAGAACAACUGCAAGCAGCCGAGGGGCAAGCAGCCGAGGGCGAAAUGACGCGGAUGCGCUGGCAGGAGGAAAAUAGCAGAUUGAAGUCCGAAGUGGCGUCUCUUCCUGUCCUUGAGAAAGAGAACGAGAUGCUGAGGAAGGAGCUAGAGACGCUGCCGACACUUCAGCAUGAACUCGAAACUUUGAGAUCCGCUGUCAGUAAGUUGACAGUGCCCCCAAGUGGUCAGCCAGCAGACAGAAAACAGAAUGGCAAGCGUGGGAAAGAAGAGAAGGAUAAACAUGACAUGGGCGAAAACAAAGAGAGUAAGAAAAACGAAUGGAAGGCGCGCAAAGAGAGCGGCAGAACAGAGCGGAAGCGGGCCGAAGGUGAGAAACGCCAGCACGGAAAGUACGACGAUGUGAAGGAGGGGGAAGGAAAGCACAAGGAGGAGAAAGACUGGAAGCGGGAGAGCAGAGGGGAAGAGGGGAAGACGUGGAAGGAGCGAGACGUGAAGAAGGUGCAGGCCGAGAAGAUGGAGAGGAAAGAGUGGAAGAAGGGCAAGCAUGAGAAGCAAUGGAGAGGAGAGGGGGAGAAGGAGUGGCGAAAAGACGAAGGCGAGAGGCACAAAGUGAUGGACAAGUGGAAGCAGAAAGGGAAAAAUGGCUUUGAGGGACACGGCAAAGACAAGACCUGGAAGAGCAACAAUGGCGAAAAGGGAAAAGGAGGGGAGAGGAAACACGUGGAGGACGCCAAAAAACACGCCGGUAAGACUGAUGACGGGAAGCAGUGGAGUCAUCAUGGAAAAGGUGAUAAGGACCGCAGGAAGAACGGAGACGGACAGAAGAGGAAAGAGGACAGCGGCGAGUUGAAAGGGGACAAAUCAAACUGGCACAAGCACAAAAUCGCCGGCCACCAUCGCGAGGAGAACAUGUGGGCCGAGAGGAAGACGUCGCCUCCCGGGCAGCAACAAUCCGCCGCCGAUUCCACCGACUACUGGACCCAGCAGAGGAAGCGCCUCCACAGGAAGCCCAAACAGCCACAGCACUGCCACUCACAGGAGGCCUGCGCCCAGGCCGAGGGACUUCAUCCCGUCUCCUUCCCCCACUUCGAGUCCAUCCUCCACGCUUACCUGGCCAAGGCCGAGCAGGCCGGCGUGGACUCCUCCAAGAGGGACCAGCUGCGAAAACUCACCUCCGAGUUCUUCCAGGAUGGCGUGUUCGUGCACGACCGAGUCAACUUCCGCAAGUUCGUUAAGGACGUGUCGGAUAUUCUGGAAGACAUGGUGGAAGGGGACGGCGAGGAAGACAGCGACCUGGAGGAUGAGAUGGAGGCGUUCGGGAGAGAAGCGCUGGAGAAGUUUUUAGUGGUGGGAGGCGGCGAGCAACGCAAAGGGGAGUGGAGGAAGGAGAACGCACGAGCCAGUGGCUGAGGGUGGAAGGGAUGGCAUCCAUCGCUAAAAAGGGAACACUGGAUGGUGG